UUGAUAAGGAUCCACUCAAGAAAUUCACAACUAGGUUGGACUCGUCAAAAAGUGUUUCACCUAAUGAUUGGCUCUUCUAAUAUGGGUUACUUCAUUUAUCUUGUAUUAACUCCUCUUGCUACUUGCAUGGGUUGGCCAUGUUGGUCUAACUCUUGUGGUUUUAUCUUCAUGGCAUUCCCGAAAAUUCUGUUUUUUGCGGCGUUUCUUCUACUUUUAUCAUUCUGGGUUGACCUUUGCCAUCAGGCAAACGAUGAGGAUGAUGAGGAUGAAGAAAGCAGUUUUCAGGAAGGUUUAUUAGAUAAGACCUCAAAUAAACCAAGUUCAUCAAACACAGAUGGUCAUAGAAAGUUUUUUCCCCUCCGCUUUCUUCAUGUUAGAAGCCGCCAGAAGAUUGUGAUAUUGGUUACUGUGCUAGUUUUUGUUGUAAUGGUGAUAUGUGCUGUAAUAAUCGGGAUUGAGGUGGGAAAGAAUCCUAUUGAUUCUGCAGUUGUGGCUCGGGUGUAUGUAGCCUUUUUUGCCAUAGCAAUACUUUUAUUAGGAGGAGCAUUAGCAUGUUAUGGACUUCUGUUAUGCUUGAAAAUGAGCAAAGUUAGAUCUGAGCGAGCUUCAUCUGAAAUGUGGAAGGUUGCAGGUUUAGCUGUUGUUUCUGUGCUCUGUUUCACUUCAAGUUCUUUUGUAGCUCUUUUAACUGAUGUUCCGAUGCUAUAUUACUGGUGUCGGCCGCGUGUAAAUGUUAUUUAUACUUCUCUGUUCCUGAUUUUGUAUUAUUUUAUAGGUUCAUCGAUACCCUCAGCCUUUAUAUUAUGGAGCAUGAGAGAACUACCACCAUCAGUAGCAGCUAACAUGCAAGAAGCAAGUACAAUAACUUUCAUCGCCGAUGGUACGGCAACAGUGCAACAUUCUCAGCGCUGGACAACUGCAAUGAGCUUGCAGAAUCAGAUAUCAAGAGGAAGUCCUAUAUAAUUGCCUUUCUGAAUGCAAAUGAGUGCUCCUUUCUGCCAAAUUAAGGAAGAAGGCUGGAAUUUCUUAACAAUAUGGAGAAUGGUUCGGUUUUUCCACUGACACAGGACAAUGGGAGGCUGCUCAGUUACAUCCUUGGCCAAUGGUCCUAAUAUCAUAGAGGUAAUGCUGAGAGGGAUGAAGUACAGCCGCAAGGUUGCCAUUUGCUAUGGUUUUGACAUUCUUGUGUAAAUAGUUAUAGGAUGCUGAGUGAAGGAUUUUCCUUUCCCCAUAUAUAAACACAGCAGUGAUAAAGCUGAUUUUUUUUCCCACUUAUGAGAAUCAAAUGCCUUUGUUUCGUUUUUCCAA